UUUACUGGCUGAGUCAGUUUUGAUAAUUAUCCUGACUUGAUUUUGAGGGUGUGUAUAUAAAGGUCUCUGGGCCGCUACAAGCUCCUGCCUUACAGUCCUACACAUGCAUUCAGCAUUAUACCGUGCGGUUGCUUGGAACUCGUCAAUUAAUACGGGUUAGCUAGCCACGCCUUGCUGGGACUAAACAUUCUUAUCACAAUGGGCCGCAAAUACUGGGGCGGUUCUGGGAAUGCCCUGACUGUGUGGAUUUCGAUUGCUGCAUCAACGGUUCUGAUAUUCUACGGUUAUGACCAGGGCGUCUUCGGCAAUGUCUUGAUUGGCAAGAACUUUCUCGACACAAUGGGCAACCCUUCAUCCAAUAUGCAGGCUACCAUGACGUCUGUUUACAACCUGGGGUGUUUUGUCGGCGCCAUGUCGACCAUCUGGACGGGCGAUGUGUUUGGUCGGCCGCGCCAGAUUAUCAUCGGCAGCUCGGUCAUUGCUGUCGGCGCGAUUAUACAGACUGCAUCGUACAGUGUUGCACAGAUGAUGUGCGGUAGGGUCAUUGCUGGACUGGGAACAGGUAUGAAUACCGCAACAGCAGGAGUCUGGCAGGCCGAGACGAGCAAAAUGCGAAGUCGCGGAAAACUAGUAAUCAUCCAAAUGGCAAACUGUAUCACUGGCUUCUCUAUCUCCAACUGGUUAACCCUCGGGUUCUCCUUCGCGCCUGGAAGCGUGGCGUGGAGAUUCCCCCUCGCCUUUCAGAUCUUCUUCACCCUGCUCAUCUACAUCCUCUGCCCAUUCCUCCCCGACUCACCGCGUCUUCUCAUCCGCAAAGGAAAAUACGACGAAGCGCGUGAAGUCAUUGCUGCGCUUCAGGGAGACGGCGCAACACCUGAUUCGCCAGAGGUCAAGUCACAGUUCAAUAUUAUCAAAGACAUUCUUGAUCGAGAACACAUGACGACAUAUACCUGGGGUCAGCUACUAACCGGACGAGGCCCCUCCGGCGUCCUCCGCCGCAUGAUCCUCGGCGCCUGGAUGCAAGCCAUGAACCAAAUCUCCGGCAUCAACAUCACGAGCUACUAUAUGUCAUACGUAUUCAUCAACGCGCUCAACAUCGGCGAAUUACUCUCCCGCAUCCUCGCCGCCGCCGGGAGCGUCGACUACCUCUUCUUCUCGUGCAUGGCAUACUUCAUAAUCGAGCGAUAUGGACGCCGCAAAGUAAUGAUGAGCUCAGCUGCAGCGUGCUGUAUCUGCUGGGUCGUGAUCGCCAUUGCGCUUUCAAUCUCUGACACCGGGCGUGGAGACCAGUACAAACUCGGGAUUGUGGCGGUGUCAUUCUUUUUUGUAUUUUUCGCGAGUUUCGGUAUGGGGGUGUUGGGCGUGCCAUGGCUAUAUCCAACCGAAAUUAAUGCCCUCGAAAUGCGUACCAAGGGGUCUUCUCUGGCCAUGGCGACGAACUGGAUUAUGAACUACAUGGUGGUGCAAGUGACGCCGCCGGGGAUUGCGAACUUGGGCUGGAAAUUCUGGGUUAUAUGGGCUUGUAUCUGCUUCAGUUUCAUCCCUAUCACGUAUCUCUUCUACCCUGAGACGGCGAAUCGGACGUUGGAGGACAUUGAUCGAUUCUUUGAGUCGGAGCCAGGGAUCAUUGUUGCUUGGAAUAAGACGGCGACGCAACUUGAAAGACCGGAGGAAUACGCUCGUAUGGAUGAGGACAUUGCUCGUCAGGUAGAUAACAGUGAAAAAAAGCUGUUCGGCGAUGAAUGUGUUGAAGCUGCUGUUCCAGUGCAUUAGGAAAGGUUUUAGGAAUUCUUUAUUUAUAGCCCUUUGAGGCUAGACAUUCACGUCAUAGAUAGAACCAAUACCAAACAAUCCAGAAUUGAAUACAAAUGAUGUAGUGAAGGCAAGG